UUUUGUCUAGGUAAACAACUAAUCCUAUGCUGGUUUUGUUUUCUUCAGUCUUAUAAACUCUUUUGCUAUGUACCUAACUAAAAGAUUAAGGUGCGUCUUACAAUUGUGUGCUGAGAAAUGCAGUCAUAUUUCAACUGGAAAUUGUUAUAACAGAAGCUACAGCCAAAGUCAAACUUACAGCAAAGAAAAAUGGGACUUAUUGAGUGGUGUUUGCGUUGAAAGGAAACGUGUGAUUUCAAAACAAAUGACACAACUCGAGGAUAAAUUUACCCAGCUUUUAGAGCGAAUUGAGUUCGAACGUAGUUUGAAGAGUGACCACGAGGUGCGACGUGAGCUGGACGAAAGACAGGCGGAAUUGUUGAAGAAGGGUGAAGUUCCUGAAGCAGACGAACAGAAGUCGACUCAAACGGCACAGGAUUUUGAAGACCUGUGCCAGGAGGAGCUUGUUAAUUUCAAGUUCGCGCCGAGGGAGUGCGGUGACGAGGCGGACGUGCGCUCAGUGGAGCGGCGGCUGGACAGCAGCGUGCUGCUGCUGGUGAAGCAGAGGCUGGCAGACGAGUACGUGUGGGCGUUGCCGCACGGCGCGCGAAGCGAGGGAGAGGCAAUGCACCAGGCGGCCGCCAGGGUGCUCCAGCAGUCGUGCGGCGCCAACUUGAACGUGAGGUUCUUUGGCUUUGCCCCGUGCGGCUUCUACAAAUACUUGUACCCUAGAAAAGUAAGGUUGGAACGUUCAGGUACUGUGGGUGCAAAAAUAUUUUUCUACAAAGCGGAAUUUCUGUCAGGGUGUGUUGAAUGCAAUGGUGAGUCGGUGAAAGACUUCAAGUGGCUUGGACAAGAUGAAUUGGCUGCAGAGCUGCACAAAGAUUACUAUAGAAGUGUUUCUGCCUUCUUAAUAGAUGAGAACUAAAGCUGGUACUUAUUUAAUUCAGUUUGUUCUGUGUGAUGAGUUAUGCUGGAUUUUAAAAACUACGCAAGAUAUGUGUCACACGACACAACAUGCAAAGAACACAAAAAUAUCACUGUUGUUUAUUCAGACCAAAAUUUGCAAGAUGACACCAACCGUACAACUUGAAAUAGUAAAACUGUAGAAAACAAGGUCCUUUUUUCCAGGCUGCUUUUGAUAGUUCAUGUUUAUUAUGAAAAAAUAUUAAAUUGUCACUAUUUGA